GUUAUUUUAUGGAUCAACUGCUGACAUUGUCGUGUACUGUUUAGUCAACCUCUGAAAGUUAUGGGUUCAUGUUACGGUUAGCUAGAUAGCUACAUUGCAGGUUUUCUGAGUAUCUGUGACUUUAUUUGUAUGUUGACCUCCCGGUGUGUUGUUUGAAGAUGUACUCAAAAGUUUAUAUACGACACAUUUAGCUUUGUUUACAUUGCGGCUCUGUGGAUUCUAGCUAGCAAGCUAGCUAGUUAGAUGACAAAACCGCAGUGAUUUUUUUUCACCCCCUCCGUGUAGUCAACCAUAUCAACUAGAAGUUGUUCAGUGUUCACAAGUGUGGAUUUCAGACUAGUCUUUGUUCUGAUGGCUAGCAAGCCUAGCUAGCUUAGCAAAUGCUAGCCAUCAGGCUAUUGUUUCUCUGCAAUGUGUUAAACUAAAUAAAUACAUUACACCGGUAUAAGGGACAACAUUAUGAAGACAUUAGACAUUUUCUUUAUUUGAUCACAAUGUCGGCUAUUGUACCAUUAGCCAAAUGAUUGAAGAAAUACAGUGAAUGUGUUGUAAAACUUAAUCGCCCUAGCUAGCUAACCAUCAUAGCUAGCUAGCUGGGUAGUUAACGUUCGCUAACGUUACCAACAAGUAGCUAGAUAUCUGUCUAUUGGCGAGCUAGGUAACGUUAAAGCUAAUUAAACAUGACAAUAAGUUGGAACUUGCUAGUUAAGUGAACAAGAACAUACUCUAACCCGCGUCGAGUGGUCAGCUGGAUUUAUUCAGGAUCCCGAACCAGACAUGAGUGAAGCUGAUUGAUUGCACCUGUGAAGGUCCCUUUGCUUAUGUUGAAAGAACACUGACCUAAAUCAGCGCGCAGUGUUUUUUACAGAUGAGCUGCUGCUUGGCACAGAGGCGUGUGUCCUGACGCUGUGGGCAGGCACAUGUGCAUUUGGAGAGAUGGACCGCUGUAAGCACGUGGGGCGUCUUCGCCUCGGCCACGAACACUCCAUCCUCAACUCACAGAAAUGGCGCUGCAUGGACUGCUGCACCACAGAGUCAGUGUGGGCCUGUCUCAAGUGCUCUCACGUGGCCUGUGGCCGCUUCAUGGAAGAGCACUCCCUCAAACACUUCCAGGAGUCAAACCACCCCCUGGCCAUGGAAGUGCGGGAGCUGGAUGUCUUCUGUUUCGCCUGUGGAGACUAUGUGCUCAACGACAAUGCUGAAGGAGACCUCAAGCUCCUGCGGGGGGCGCUCUCUACUGUGCGUAGCCCUGGCAGGCGCUCCCUGCGCUCCUCUGCAGGGGGUGACUGUAACCCCUGGGUGGGUGAGAGCGGGCCCCAGCCUGCUAUGCAGACGGCCCUGUGGCACCGAAGGAAGGUGCUGCUGGGGAAGAUGCUGCGCCGCUGGAGGAACCGGCAGCAGGAGGAACAGAGCCAGCGGGAAGAGAAACUUGAGCAGGAGAAGGAGGAGGUCCGGCGCCAGAAAAAUGAGAUGAAGAGGAGGCUCAUGGGAGAGCUGGCCAAUGUGCCGCCCAGGAAGAGUGCCAGGCUGCUCACCCAGGCGCCCCGCUCAACCAUCACACUUAUCCCCCUGAAGUUCCGCGACCCUCCGGAGCGUCUGCCUCCGCCCAAAAAAACCUCCCUUCUAUCCCUGAAGCCCCCCAGCAAUGGCAGGACUCGUAAACUCAAAGUACGGAGGUACUACUCCUCCCAUAAAGCGACCCGUCGUAGACUGGCCCCGGGGGUCACUGGGCUACGCAACCUUGGGAACACGUGCUACAUGAACUCUAUCUUACAGGUGCUGAGCCACCUGCAGAAAUUCAGGGAGUGCUUCCUCACAUUGGACAUGUGUGAGACUGAGGAGCUGCUGGCCAAGACAAACCAGGGUGUGGCUGGGGCUGUGGUGGGGAGUGGUAGUGCAGUCACACCAGGCUGCCCUCUGGGACGUGGCAUGGGGAAGGCAGCCAGUGGGGGUCUCCCUGCUGUCAGCAAGCAGAGCUCGCCCCCCUGCCUAAACGCAGCAGAGCUGGUCCAGCCCAAGGAGCCGCGAUCCUCCACCCGCCAGCAGAUGUCACUGUGCCACGAGCUGCACACACUGUUCAGGGUCAUGUGGUCUGGCCGAUGGUCGUUGGUGUCGCCCUUUGCCAUGCUGCACUCUGUGUGGAACCUGAUCCCAGCGUUCCGCGGCUACGACCAGCAGGAUGCCCAGGAGUUCCUGUGUGAGCUGCUGGACAAGGUGCAGCAAGAGCUGGAGUCAGAGGGCAGCAAGCGCAGGAUCGUCAUCCCUAUCACCCAGAGGAAGCUGUCCAAGCAGGUGCUCAAAGUCCUCAACACGAUCUUUCACGGACAGCUACUCAGCCAGGUGACUUGUCUGUCCUGUAGGCACAAGUCAAACACGGUGGAGCCAUUCUGGGACCUGUCCCUGGAGUUCCCGGAGCGCUACCACAGCACGGAGAAGGGCUCGGCUGCGUCUCUGGCCUACCAGCGCAGCUGCUCCCUCACUGAGAUGCUGGCCAAGUUCACUGAAACAGAGGCUCUGGAGGGCAGCAUCUAUGCUUGCAACUACUGCAACAGGAAAAGAAGGAAGACGUCCCACAAGCCCCUGGUUCUGUCAGAGGCAUGUAAGCAGCUGCUGAUCUACCGCCUACCUCAGGUUCUACGGCUGCACCUCAAACGCUUCAGAUGGUCAGGCCGGAACCACAGAGAGAAGAUUGGCGUCCAUGUGGCCUUUGACCAGGUUUUGAACAUAGAGCCCUACUGCUGCACAGACUCAGGCCAGUCGGUUCACAGAGAGGGCUACACCUACGACCUAUCUGCUGUAGUCAUGCACCACGGGAAAGGUUUUGGCUCAGGGCACUACACUGCAUACUGCUACAACACUGAGGGAGGUUUCUGGGUCCACUGUAAUGACUCUGAGAUGAACGUGUGCAGUGUGGAGGAGGUGUGCAACACACAGGCCUACAUUUUGUUCUAUACCCAGAGGUCUGCCUAGGCCCCUCUCCCUCCUACACCCUAGACCAGGGUGUACUACCUGACUGAUGUCUACCUGGUCUGGGGGACUGAGACCUAUAUCUGUGUCUGUUGCCUAGAGGUCUGCCUGGGCAUGUUACACUUCCUCUACCAGGCUACAUCCUGGUUUACACCUAGAUUUCCCUUGGCUUGAAACAACUCAGACCACAUUUGUUGAGUCUGGUAUGCUAACAGCCAUGUGAGAGCUACUGAACGUUGUACCACAAGGGAAGGCAAUGUUGAUCACGGUUAGUUAUAUAUUUCACCAGGUGUCAAAGUGCUUUACAUUGUAUAGGAGUUAACUUGCCUCAUCCUCCACCAAUGUUUAUCUCCCUCCUGGGAUGAUGAACACCAGCCAUUUGGAACGGAAUAUGAAUUAUUCUGUGGCUAAACUAAUUGAGUUUCCCUUUGUGGCUCAGGGUCAGAGAUUAUUAAUUGCAUCAGGUGAUUCAGAGCCUGGGUGGAUUACAGCAAGCCUGCAGAUACUAUCAGACACUCCAUAACCAAUGUUGCCUAGCCUACCUCUGUUCUGUAUUCUCAACCACAAUGAGAUGUCAGCCAAGGGCAUUUUAGUCUCCAACCCAGUGUCAUCUUUAUCUCACUAUGACCUCUCUCGUUCUGCUGUGGAUAUCUCAGGCUGUAAGGCCUUGGUCUGGGCCAACAGAAUGAACGGUAUAGAUGGUGUGUAAAUAUUCCUGUCUGUACUCCGUUUCCCUACCUUGAACAGGGGUAUGGAGUUGUGUGGCAGAAAGCUACUUUGGAGAUGGAUGGGAAUUGUAUUGAGCCAACUGGCUUCAUGCUGCACCUUUAUGGAGGAGGGGCUUAGGUCGUUGAUCCCAUGAUCAAUGGGCUCCUUCUGAUCUUUUAUUGACUUCUAUGUCAUGUGGCAGCUCUCUUCUCCUACCUUAAUUAUAGAGGCUAGUUUAGGCUCUGGUUGGAGUCCGGUGCACUGUAACUCUGUUCAUGGUUAGAAAUGGAUGGAAGAAUGAACAAAGGACUGAGAUAUUGGAGAGUGUGUUGUUGGGAUAAUUGUUUGGGUUAAGAGGAGUAUCCAUUUCACUGGAGUGGAGCACCUGCAAGCAAUAUAUGUGUGACAUCAUGACAUGAAAUCAAGAUAAAAUCAGGAAUUCUUCAGCUUUGUAAUACGUUGUUUUUUUCUACUCUGCUGUUUCUAUUUGGGGUCUUAGUUUGCCAGGUUCUCAAGAGUUAUUGUACUGCUGGUCUUGAUAUGAAUCAAAUACACUGAACAAAAAUAUAAACGCAACAUGCAACAAUUUCAAAGAUUUGACUGAGUUAGAGUAUAUAUAAGGAAAUCAGUCCAUUUAAAUGAAUUAAUUUGCCCCAUAUAUAUGGAUUUCACAUGACUAAGAAUACAGAUAUGCAUCGGUUGGUCACAGAUACUUUUUUUCUUUUUAAUAGGGGUGUGGAUCAGAAAACCAGUCAGUUUCUGGUGUGAACACUAUUUGCCUCAUCUCAACAUCUCCUUCGCAUAUAAUUUAUCAGGCUGUUGAUUGUGGCCUGUGGAAUGUUGUCCCACUCCUCUUCAAUGGCUGUGUGAAGUUCCUGGAUGUUGUCGGGGAACCUGUACACUUCAGAGCAUCCCA